AUGAAGAUGAGGUGUUGUGUUCUGCUUGUGCUGGUUCUCCAAUGCCUGGGAGGCUUAGGCCUCCCUCUGUUUGAACUGAGUUCGAAAGCAGAUGAGGCGCUGAGGAUGGCCCUGGAUGAGCUCAACACUCGUUACUCCCGACAUUACCUCUACAGGGUGUCCAAGGCUACAGUCACAAGAGUUGUUCCACUGGGGACAAACACAUAUGAUAUGAUGCUGAAAUUUGGGAUAAGAGAGACAGAAUGUCGGAAAGGUUCUGGGAUCGACCCUCAGGGUUGCGCCUACCGUAGAGGCUUCUUCGUGUUGGAAUCAGGCUGCCACAUCCGAGCACGACUGAGCGACCGAUUCACCAACAUAGUCUCCCUCAAAUGCAACCCAAUACAAAGUUCUAGCUCUGAGUCGAGUGAAGAGGUGUGGACCGGAUGGCACUAUGAUCCGAAUCGCCUUGCUCAUAGAGAUCCUGUAUCUUCAACUCCAAACUUUGAUGUAGCUCCAUCGAUAAAUCCUGGGCGCCGUACUGACCUCAACGCUCCUGAAGAUUAUUUGAGCAACCAUCUGGAAUAA